AUGGACAAAAGUAUAAAUUUGCAAAAAUUUAAUGGAAGAGAUUACUCGCUUUGGAAGUUUCAGGUUUUGGUAUAUCUACGUGCCCAUGAUUUAGAUUGCGUUCUCGAUGAAUCCAUAAAGCCAACGGAGGAGUUGGCCCUUGCUGCUUGGAUUCAGAAAGGCAAAAAGGCACAACUCAUAAUCACUUCGUCAAUGGAUUUCAACCAGCUGAAGUUUUUAGUGACAAGUGACUCUGCAGCCAAGAUGUGGACCAAACUUUCUUUCAUAUAUGAGCAGAAAUCAGGAGUCUCACUCAGCACACUGCAACAAAAGUUCUAUGAAUAUCGAAAGUCGGAAGACGACAACAUGGCCAGCCACAUAUCAGAUAUAGAACAAAUGGCUAAACAGCUUGAGGAAUUGGGUGCUCCGAUGGCAGAAUCGGCAAUAAUUACAAAAAUCAUCUGCAGUCUUCCAUCACAAUUCAAACAUUUCAUAUCAGCAUGGGAUUCCGUGGCCCAGUCGGAACAAACGUUCCAAAAUUUGAGCCAGCGUCUAAUGAAAGAGGAGAUGCUUCUAUUUGAGAAACCAUCAGAUGAUUCUGCUACAGACCAUCAGGCAUUGAUUCAUUACAACAAGAAAAAGACAUCUAUAGCAGAUAAGAAGAAGAAUUCAACGUGGGCAUUGGUGGGAAGAAUGUCGCACCCGACUUGCACAACAAAGAGACAACAAACAAGGUACAUCAUCGGCGUUAAUGGCUCACUGCUGAUGGUACACUGA